GUCAGUCUCUCACUUACCAAAUAAACCACCAAUAGAGAGUUUUUAGCCAGAGAGGAAAGAUGAAAAACCCUCCACACUAGAGAGAGUAGAGACAUUUUUUUCAUUGUGAGAGUUGUGAUUGAAUUGAGAAGGGAAAAAAAAUGAGACUCCCACUCUCUCUUGAGUCUAUCUUUGUCUACAUACAGAGUCACAGAGGAGACGUUACAAAUACUUUCUCAUUUUAACAACUGCCUCUGACUCUCUCUCUCUCUCUCUCACUGAUCCCCUAAAAAGCUAAAACCCUAUUCCCAUUUGCUUUAAAUUCUUCACUAUCCCCUCUCUUCUCAUCUGCCUCGGUUUCUCAGAACAACAAAUUUCACUUCAACGCCUCAAGCGGUGGAGGGAGGGAGGGAGUGAGUGAAUCCUCAGACACUGUUUUGUCUUCUGUUUUUUCAGGGCUUUGGAGGUGCAGUAAUUCUUAUUAAAAGAUGCUAUUAUCUUUUGAUGUGAGGUCAAGGUGGCAGGAUAUGUUGUAGCGCCAAUAUUGGAUGUUCUUAAGGAGAAUCUUUGUGGUUAUCCAUGGUAGCAGGAUUAGUGUUGAGUUUUUGAUCGCUUUGAUGUAUUCUCCAGUGUAUUCACAGAAUGGGUUUACAUCUUCACAUAAUGGGUUUGCCAUUUGUUUGAUCUGCCUUUUACCUUCUCUACAAGUUAGAUGAAGUUGGUUUUGCCAUGGAUAGCUCUGAUGAUGAAAAGGAUGGAGCCCCUGGGAAUUACAUUCCAAAAGAACUGACUCAUGGUGUGGCGUCUAAUGGUGCAAAAUUUGUAGAUGAAGUACUUAAUGGUCAAAAUGAACAGUGUUUGGAAAAUUUUCGCAUGGAUAAGCAUGUGUUUUACAAGCUGUGUGAUAUUUUGCAAGCAAAAGGCUUGCUACGUCACACAAAUCGAAUAAAGAUUGAGGAGCAAUUAGCCAUUUUCAUGUUCAUAGUUGGCCAUAAUCUAAGGACACGAGCUGUCCAAGAGUUAUUCCGAUAUUCAGGAGAAACCAUCAGUCGCCAUUUCAAUAAUGUUUUGACUGCGAUUAUGGCAAUUUCAUUAGAUUUUUUUCAGCCUCCAGGGUCCGAUGUUCCACCUGAGAUCAUGGAAGAUCCAAGAUUCUAUCCAUACUUUCAGGAUUGUGUGGGAGCAGUUGAUGGUAUCCAUAUUCCGGUGAUGGUAGGUGUAGAUGAGCAAGGACCUUUCCGCGAUAAGAAUGGCAUGCUUUCACAAAAUGUUCUAGCAGCUUUUUCAUUUGAUCUCAAGUUCCAUUAUGUUCUAGCUGGCUGGGAAGGCUCAGCAUCAGAUUUGCAAGUCCUGAAUUCAGCACUCACAAGGCGAAGCAAGCUGCCGGUCCCUGAAGGAAAGUACUACCUUGUAGACAACAAAUAUGCAAAUAUGCCAGGUUUCAUUGCCCCAUAUCAUGGUGUUCCCUAUUACUUAAAGGAAUAUCCUAGUGGCUAUCAUCCACAAGAUGCCAGAGAACUAUUUAAUCAACGACACUCAUUGUUACGAAAUGCUAGUGAUCGCAUAUAUGGCGCUUUGAAGGCACGAUUCCCUAUAUUGAUGUCUGCUCCUCCAUACCCAUUACAAACACAGGUGAAGUUGGUUGUGGCAGCAUGUGCGAUACACAAUUACAUUCGUAGGGAGAAACCAGAUGAUUGGAUUUUUAGAACUUAUGAUGAAGAUACUGCUGUACUACAAAUUGAGGAACCAUUGCCCCCUAUAGAGGUGGAACAGCCUGUGAUGCAUAUUGACACCCAAGCUCUGGACAUAGGUAUUGAAACCGAGCAACUAGAAAUUUCUUCACAGCUGCGAGACUCCAUUGCAACUGAGAUGUGGAAUGACUACAUCCGGGAUUUAUCAGCCAUGUAAAUUGACUGAUUUUGGUUACAGAUUCAGGCUAGGGUUGAAAUUUUUUUCAGGAUCUAGAACAGAUGAAAGGUUUUUAAUGUGAUUUUGAUGGUGUACAUUGGGCCCUUCUGUUUAUACAAAGGAAAUAUAUCGGGUAGAGCAUCAUACCUUUCAAAGAUU